AUGACCGAUGUGUUUGGACCUUCAACGACCAACAGUCAGUCAUCCAGAACUCCUCAAAACAAAGGCAAGGCCUGGCGUAAUCAAUUGCAUGCCCAACUUGAGAAUGAAAGAAAAUUGGGCGGAACCUCAAAAAGGAACAGGAUGAAGAGUUCCAAAAAUGCCUUGAACUGGAUAGAAAAAAGCAAGCAGCUUUGGAGGGAGAAAUUGAAGAACUCUCCAAAUUGGAGAAAUUGCGGUCCAUAAAGGCUUCAAGAGUUCCUGCUGAACCAGAAUGUGGCUCUCCCCGUGUGCUAAUGGUGGCACAACAUCCUUUCCAGAGAAGAGUAACGAGAUUCUUUUCAGCAGCGGAAAAGAUGGUGGCUGUCUACGAUUGGUCAGGCUCCUUAGAUCUACACCCAGAACAUUUCAGUUUACAAGUCCACCCUGCAACUACUAUAUCACCUGAGGAGGGCAUAUUUGGCUAUGAGGGUGUGGUCAUGUACAUGAAGGCUUUGGAUGAACCACUCCUCAUGGGCACAGGCUCCCCAGAGAUCAGUUCUCAUAGGUUUUGGUACUUGUACUAG